GUAAAUUAUUCAAAUUCUGUGAUUUUUCUUCCAUUAAUGGUAUAUCAGUUCUUAAUGCUGUUGCUUUACAUUUUGCUUUGAAAUAAACGGUGGCGGGAUUAAUCGACUAUUUUCAUUUUUCUUGGCUAUUAUUAUCAAUUACAAUGAUCAGUUUGCUAUUCAUUGGAUCCAUCACUUUUGUUUUAUCCAAUAAAAUUCAAAAUCCCGCCACAGAAUUUACAGAUUCUUGAUCGAAAACUUAAAAAAAAAAAAACACGAAAAAUAAUAAAGAAAAAAGGUGUUUUAGCUUAGAGAAAGUUUAAGGAGGCAAGAAAUGGAGCCUCUAUGUGAGUUUUGCGGGGAGGUGAGUGCAGUGGUUUACUGUAAAUCAGAUUCUGCUAAGCUUUGUUUGCAAUGCGAUGGCCGUGUUCACUCAGCGAAUUCUCUGUCAUGUCGCCACCCUCGUUCUCUAAUUUGUGACAAAUGUAGUUCACAGGCGGCCACGGUGAGGUGUAUUGAGGAUCAGUUAUCGCUUUGCGAAGAUUGUGAUUGGAAUGGAAACAGUUGUUCGGGCGUCGACCAUCGUCGCUUAAAGUUGAAUUUCUACACCGGAUGUCCUUCUCUGGCUGAAUUCUCCAAAAUCUGGUCUUCAGUUCUUGAAGCACCCCAGCAAACUACAAAUAGUUUCCAGAGUGCAAUGGCUACAAAUGAGAAUUCUAAUGUGACUGCUCCCUGCCUAAAUGACUUAGCACCAUGUGUCAAGUUUGGACCAUGGGCUGUUCCACCACCUCCUCUUCCAUCUACCAAUAAUUCCGACUAUUUAACAGCAUGCAAUAGAGAUCAGAAAUCCUUAUAUAAUAGAGAUCAAAAAGAAUUUUUCUCUGAAGGAUCGGGCCUGCUAAAGGAUUGUGCUAAUAUAAAGGAUCUCAAGCUUCCUGAAACUGAUGAACUUUGUGAUAGUCUUGACAUUGAUGAUAUCGGUUUGAGCUUCGAGAGUAGUUAUGAAAUGCUUGGCAAUCAGCCAAGAUAUAACUACGAAGAUGGAGGAAUUGGUAGCCUACUAAUGGAAAAAAACUUAUCGAUCACUCAAUCAAAUAGCACUCAUUUUGAAAGUGCUUUCGAGGCAUCCUCAUCAGGACAGAAAGAUUGCAGGGUUUUCCAUCAGCCUUCAUCACAUGUAGCUGCUGGUUCCAGAAAUUUAAUGCAGACUAAUUGCAUGGUUAUGAACCCAGCAGCUGCAUGCAACAGAUCAAGUAUUGGAUUAGGGUUUCCAAAUUGCCAACUUCCUUCAACCAUAUCCCUAUCACUCUCCAAUAUCACUGGAGAAAGCAGUGCUGCUGAUUAUCAGGAUUGUGGACUGUCACCGAUGUUCCUCACGGGCGAUAAUUCCCGGUGGGAUUCGAAUUUAGAAGCGAGUUGUCCACGGGCGAGGGAUAAAGCUAAGAUGAGAUACAACGAAAAGAAGAAGACGCGAAUGUUUGGCAAACAAAUAAGAUAUGCAUCUCGUAAAGCCAGAGCUGAUACAAGAAAGCGUGUGAAAGGUAGAUUUGUGAAGGCUGAAGAAGCUUAUGACUAUGAACCACUUAUGACAAAGGACUUCUAAUUUAAUUAAGCUAUGGAUUUUUCUAAUUUAAUUAAGCUAUGGAUUUCGCCUCUGCCAUUACAAUAUAUUCCCCGGUGAAAAGGUCAUGUGAAGUGGGUGGGCUAAGAAUCGACCUGGCCCAGUUGAGAGUUCUAAUUACGUCAUUUCGUUUGUAUGCCCAUGUGAGUUAUUUCACUUUUCUAUCAUUAGUUUCUAAUUUCUUAUUUUGUAGGAGAUCAGAGCGUUUUUCUUUGGAGAUCAAAAUUCCGUCAUUGGGACUUUUAUCAACUUUCGAAUUCUGUGCGUCAAAGAUACACCAGAAGAAGUAUGUCGUCUUACAAUAUUUGUUAAUUUUUAUGUCUCGAAUUACCUGUGCCUUGUCACGAAUGGUGCACGGAGAAAUUUCACCCAAUUUUGAUAGAAGGUAUUGUUACAAAAUAUAUAUUUUAUGU